GUUUAUUUUGCUUUCGUGCCUUAAAUUAAGAAAAUGUGUAAUUGAACAUUUGAAUAUCAAUAUUAUAUUUUCCAUAUAUAAAAUUACUUUUCCCUAAGAAGUUUUGCUAGGCAAUGGCAUUAACUGAUACUGAAGAGCUUUUGAAAUCGAAUUUGGCUAUGCGAGUUGCAGUACAAACAAUGAAAGAACGAUGUCAAUCACUUCAACAUAGAGUAACUGGUUUAGAAGAAGAAAAUUUUGAGCUUCGAAAUCGUAUUAGAGACCAAAAGUUGGAUUUUUCCUCAAGUUUUUCUGAUAACGUUGAAGAAAUAGAGUGUUUAAGAAAGCAAAUUUUGGAUUUGCAUCAGCAAAAAAUUCAAAUGAAUGAGCAUGUAGCUAUGGUGGCAGCAGAAAAUAGACAGCUUUGGUCAAGACUAUCACAAUUAUCUAAAAAGAAUUGUGUACAACAUAUAUCUGAUGAGAGUGAAAAAGGGGUGAAUUCCGGACAAAACCUUAUUAGAUCAAAAACAUUUACGCAACAUGCGCCCAAUCCAUAUUUACGACCGAAACGUAUUGAAAACAGUGAGUUUAGUAAAUCAGACAGCAUUAGUUUGGAAGAAGUAGUUUUGUAUAGCCAAGAAGCUGAAAAUAUUGAAAUAGAGUCGCUGAAAGGCGAAACUUUACAAUUUCAAAAUUUAAGCAAUUUAAAUAAAGAUAUCGACGCAAAAGAACUGACAACGGCAGCUGCGAAAUGCAUUGAAGAAUUAAAUGUUUUAAAACAACAACUAUUAGCCCAGCAAAAUGAACUCACUAAUACUAUUUUCGACCUCAAACAAAAAAUAGCUAAUCGUAUAUGUAAAGAAUGCGAAAUUAGGAGUAUAAAACCAGAAACUGCGGAUAAAAGUUUGGAAACAGAUGAAUCGCUUUACACUGAUAUUAGCCCGUCGCAAAGUCAUCAGAGUCAGGAAGAAAAUGGAGAUUUUCAUCAAGAAAUUUUAAAUGAUAAGAAUAUUGUUGAAGAAAGCGUUAGAAUAUGUCCAAUGUGUGGUAAAAUAUUUUCUCAGGAUAUAUCAUUUGAAGAUUUUAGAGAGCAUGUUACUGAGCAUUUUGUUGAUGAUGAAGAAGAAAGCAAUGUUUAUGAUCGUCAUUUUGAAAUUAUUUCACAAAAAGUUGGAGAAUUUUGACAAGAAAAAAGAAUUUUUUUUUGCAGUGAUCUUUAAUAAUGUUGUUAAUGAUUAUUAAUUUUAAGAUAUCAAUUGUGAAUUAUUUAAGUUUGGUUUUUAUAUUAUGUAGGUACUAUUGCAAUGAUGCUAUGGAUUAAAAAAAAGGAUC